UAAUAAUGGAGCCAGGUUUUCAGCAAAUUCAGCAAUCUAUUGAGCAAAAUAACAAGCAUAACAACGCAAGUAAUCAUAUUGUGCAAGAAAGUGAUGAAACAAAUAACAUAAAUAAGGUAAAUAAUAGGCCAAAAUUGAAGCCCAUCAGGAGGCUUAAAGAAUCUGGAUUAAAUAACAAUUCAGAGAGAAAGCUUAUUGCUCAAUCUAAAAAUAUACUCAAACAAAAAAUCUCAAAGCAUCAUGGACGGAUAUUUAUUGGUAUUAAAAGGAAAAGAGAAGAAGUUGAAGAUCCUCUUCAUGAAGUCACUCUAAAAUAUAACAAAGAUGGGAAGAUAACUUAUAAGAGAGUUGUCACUGAAUCAGAUAAAAUGCAGGAUGAUUUCUGUGCAAUGACUCUCAAUUCUACUUCUCAAAAGGAAGAUGCGCCAACCCCAAAAUCAAUUGAAACACCUGAUAAGAAUACUUCAGACCACAAAGUCUAUCUUAUAAAGGAUGCCGAAAAUAAAGAAACAUCCACCCUGCCUUCCUCUGAAGGGACACCUACAGCAGUAUCUGAGGAUAAGAGAGAAGAAAAUAAGACGGAAAAUGAAAAUAACGAGGAAUCUGGUCUUGAAGGAACUGUAAAAGCCCUCACUGAAUUUUAUGGGACUAUCCAGAAAGACCAAAUUUGACGAGAAAUACGGAUUAAGAGAGUGUCAAGACCUGGUUUAAAUAUUCAUACUGAUAUCGCUACUAUCACUGGACGAGCAAAGGAUUACCAAGAGCAGCUAGUCCAAGAUAGGAAGAAUAUUCGAGAAAAGAGAUUUAUGCAACACAGAAAUCUGCCAAACAUUGAAUUUGAUGAAGAGAAGAACGAAAAUGUCUCGAAUGGAAGAGGAAAAUUUAAACCCUCUCUUACCAAAGCUAUAGAAAUUGAUCUAGAUCCUUCUAGAAGGAAGAGGGAGGAAGAGAAAGCAUCGCCAACUUCUUGUUAUAGGAAACAUAAUGUAGAGCCAAUAGUUAUCAGCAAGGAAACUUUUGAAGUACAAGCUAAUUCAGAUGAUGAAUAUGAUUACUAUGAGAUUUUAGAUGCCAAUCCUGCUCAUCAAACUUGAGAUUACAACAAUAAUCAUUUUCAAGAUAAUGCCCAUAGUGAGGAUUAUGACAGUGAGGACUCUAAUAGGCCUGAUCAAGAUGAUUAUGAGUAUGGAGGAGAUGACGAUGAGGAUGAGGAUGAUUUUACCUAUGUAAACAAUCCAAACAGCAAUACGCUUCAUGCAUGUAUGGGACAAUAUUCUGACGAAGACGAUGUAAACUACAGAUACCCCAAAGGAAACUUCGGUUCCGACAUCUCGGACGAAGACUCCCAAAGCUCCGACGACGACUACAUGAAACAAUACGUAUGCUCAGACGAUGAGGAAGCUUACUAGCAUAACAAUUG